AUGCAAAAAACAUCCUCUCCUCCAUCAUCAGCUGUUUCGAACAGCAACAAAUCCUCAGUCAAUGCCACUGAAGUAAGGUCCCUCUAUGAGGCUACAUUGCCUGUAUAUGUAUUUCGGGAUCAGUGCACCAACACCUCGACAUGCAAUGACGGGUAUAGCGAGGCAAAACUAUUCAUGAUAAAAAUAACAAUAUCAUGUAAUUCUACCUGUUUACCCUCGACUGUAUUGCCAUCAGCUUCAUCCAUCUCAUCGAAGAAGUCUCCAUUCAAUACCACCGUCCCUAAUGUACCUAACUUUAAUACUCUCAUAUUUACCCUUACUGAUGAUAAUGAUCUUUAUUUUUUGUACACAGCCCAAAUCGAUGAGUGCAGCUACAGAAAUUUAAAAAUGUCUCAGCGCAUCAAAACUGAUUUCUCUCAAUUUUCAUCUCAUCUGGAGCAAAUGUUUGAAAUGUGCAACAACUCUCAUACUGAAAACAAACAAGACUGGUAUAUUAAACUAACUGUGAACCAAGGAAAAGGAAAAUCUGUCAUGGAGAUUAUUAACGCUGACAUGUUCAGUGAGAGCUCAAAAUUUCAUUUAGAGCUCGUUGAAGGAUCGAACGAACAGAAAAAAGAAUAUUUAGCGAAUCAGCUGAAAUAUUGGAAACAAAUUGCCCAAGAAAACGAAAGGUUAUUCAACAGCUGUGACACUGAUUCCAAACAAAAACUGGAGCACUAUGAAUCAAUCAUUGCAGAAUUGAAAGAAGAGAAACAGGAACUGCUAGUGAAAUUUGAAAAAGAAAUUUCUGGAACGACCUGCAAAUUAAAAGAGGAAAUCACCAGGCUGAAAGAGAAGCAUCUCGAAGAGAUGCAAAAACAACAAAAAAGAAUGGAUGAUGAGAGAAGAGAGGCCGAAGACAAACGUAUAAGCGAAACUAAGGCGCUCACAACAAAGCUUGAGGAAUAUCGAAACAACAACAAUGAGUUAACGUCUGCAAAGUUCAGCUUGGAAGCUGAUUUGAGACAACAGUUAAGCAAAACAUCUCUUCUCGAAAACGAAAAAAAAGCAUAUUUAGAAGAAGUCACGAAACUCAGAGAACAAAAUCGAGAAUUGGACAUUUUGCGCUAUGAUCACGAAAAGAAAAUUAGAGAGUUGGAGACAAAGCUAUUACUUAAUGAAGAAAUUAUGAAAGAAAAAGGGCUGAACCUCAAAGCACUCAACGAACAUCUUAAAGAAAAGGAACAGCAAGAAUUGAGCAAAGCAGAAAUAAUUGCCGAGCUCAAGUCAAAGGUCGAAAUACAAGAAAAAGAUAUCAAUGAGAAGAGCUCUGACCUUAAGAGAUGUCACGAAAUUAUUAAACGAUUUAAAGAACGAGAAGACUUUAUGCUAGAAAAAGAAAAAGAAAGAAAGCUGAAAAUGCAAGCAAUGCAACAUGCUCUAAAGAAAAAGGAACAAGAGAAGAGUCAAUUACUUCAGACCGUUGAGAAACGAAAUCACACCAUCCAAGAGUUGGAAUCCAAUGUGCGAGCUCUCCAACAAAAGUGUAGUGAAUCUGAAUCACAACUGCAAGAAGCUCUAAAGAAAGUGGAACAAUCUCAAUUCACAAUCGAUGCAAUGCUUAGCAGCAAGAACAAACUUGGUACCACAAGUUAUGUCGAUAGCUUGAGCACUUUUGGCUUAAACUCUAGCAGUACAGGAACUUAUACAGACUACUCAACACCUGAUCGAUCUCUGUUGCAAGCAGAACAAACUUCAAAGCUUGAUAAUUUUACGAAUUACUACAAAACAGCAAGAUUUGGAAUAGAAAGCAGCAGCAUUAAUCAAGCAUCGUCAUCUCCAACUUCUUUGAAGAAGAAUAUUGUUUCAUUUGAUACUGGAAAUAAAGAUUGGAUCGAAGGUCUAUAA